AUGGUUAAUUUGAUUGAUUUAAACUUGUCAUACAAUAAGUUCGAAAGAUUUACUGAUUUAGGAAUCUCAUAUAGUUUACAAAAACUAAAUUUAUCACACAAUAGAUUCACGAUUCUUAGAACUGUAUGUUUUUCUAAUUUUCAGUCAUUAUUAUUGAAUCACAAUGAGCUCUUGAGAAUUGAAAAUUCAAAUAAAUUUCCAAAUCUAAGAUAUCUCAACAUAUUGUAUAACGAGUUACAUAAGAUUAAGUAUUUAUAUCAAUUUCCAUUAUUAUAUGAUUUGAAUUUAGUGGAAAAUCAUAGUGCAGAUUGA